AUGAGAGCUUCUCUUGCCUUCGCGGCGGCGACCAUCCUACGGGCAGCUCUGCUAUACUUUGGCUACACAGACAUCGACUACCUGGUCUUCACAGAUGCCGCUCGCUUCCUCUCGCACAACAGGUCUCCUUAUGAUCGAGCGACAUACCGCUAUACACCACUACUGGCAUGGCUACUGUAUCCCACGACCUGGGGAGGUCUCUGGUUCGAGUUCGGCAAAGCACUCUUCUGCAUUGCAGAUAUCCUUACAGGCUGGCUUAUCAUCCUCAUCUUGCGGAAACGUAUGAGUCUCGACAAGGCCACGAAUUAUGCUUGCAUCUGGCUUCUCAACCCCAUCGUGGCCAGUAUAUCCGCCAGGGGAAGUUCUGAGGGCGUAAUAGCGUUGCUUACCAUCGCUUUGUUGUGGGCUACACUGGAACGGCGGAUUGGGAUUGCAGGUAUCCUGCUUGGAGUCGCUGUUCACUUCAAAAUUUACCCGUUCAUCUACGCCGCAAGCCUAUUUGUAUGGCUUGAUCGCAGUAAAGCUGGCAGUGUUCCAGUGGCACGAAAGGACCGAGAUCGACCACAAUGGCUGGAAAGUGCUCUGUCCUUCAUCAAUCGGCUGAGACUUCGACUAGCACUAUCCAGCUUUGUAACAUUCAUGGCGCUGAACUUCGUCAUGAUGCAAUACUAUGGUAUAUCGUUCCUCAAGCAUACAUUCCUAUACCACUUUACUCGCAUCGAUCAUCGCCACAACUUCUCGGUCUACAACACUGUUCUACACUACAAUUCUGCAUACCCUUGCGAGACUGCGCACCUCCGUAUCGAAUCGCUUGCUUUCCUACCGCAGCUCCUGCUCUCGGUCAUCAUCAUUCCACUAGCACUGGCAAGAAAGAAUCUGGCAGGCACCAUGCUUGCUCAGACCUUCGCUUUCGUCACCUUCAACAAGGUCUGCACCAGCCAGUACUUCCUCUGGUAUCUGGUAUUUCUGCCGGUCUACCUGCCAGACACGACCUUGCUCUGGGGACGCCGUGGCAUCGUCAUGCUGGUCGCGUGGGUGCUCGGUCAAGCUUUGUGGCUUCAGCAAGGCUACCGGCUGGAGUUCCUAGGCAUAUCGAGCUUCGCGCCUGCUCUUUGGGUUGCGAGUAUCGCCUUCUUCCUGGCAAACUGCUGGAUCUUGUACGAGAUAGUCAUUGAUAUCGGUCGUGGUGGGAACGCCACCCGCCAAGUUAAAGUCGCUUGA